CAACAAGUAUUAUUCUGGCAAAUCUGGUUCGAGCGGGAGAAAGUGUCGGAACUUCCAAAAGUCAGUGCGGAAUACAUUCAAGAUGAGGCACUCAAGAUUUAUAACGCUUUGCAUGGCACUAACGGUUGCCGCGCUCUUCUCAGUUACCACGGCCGAGAUCAGCCUUGACCACAUCUCGACGAUCUACGUCCCGUAUUCGUAUCUAACAUCGCCUAGAUACGACAUCGACUCCGACGCCGUAGAGCAGUUCGCCUAUGAUGCCGCUGAAGGAUACGUUUACGUGAUCGGUGAUGACUAUCUUCAGAUCAUCGACUUCAAUGACGUCGAAAACCCCGAAAUCGUCUACAAGCAUCUCCUGCCAAACCGUGCCAAUGAUAUCGCCCACUGUGGUCGUUUCGUCGCUUAUCUCCUUCAGGGAGAUGACUCGCAGGAGUCGGGAACAAUCUAUAUUUACGAGAAAUACAGCCGUCAAACCGGAGAAUUCAAUCAACUACAUCAGAGGGUUGUGAGCAGCCAACCAGAAAUGUUGACCUUUACCUCUGACUGUCGGAAGAUCUUGACUGCCGACGAAGGAACUGCUGGUGACGACGCAACGGAACAAUACUUUCUUAACCCGGAAGGAAUGGUGUCCAUUAUCAAGAUCGAGGGAGAUUUCGCUAGCCCCAGUUUUGAUAUGACAGCCGUUACAUUUGACCACUUCAAUGACAGAAAACAAAAAUAUAUGGACCUCGGCGUGCGUUUCCCGUACCAUGGUCGCUAUACGAACUACUCCGAGCAGACUCUUUCGCAGAGCGUGGAGCCCGAGUACAUUGCCAUUAACCCUCGUGAUAAUGUUGCAUAUAUCAACCUGCAGGAAAACAAUGCGAUUGCGCUUUUGGAUCUUGACACCGAAUCGAUUGCAGAGAUUGUUCCCCUUGGUAACAAGAGCUGGUUGAACCUCAUGCUAGACACCACCGAUAGAGAUGACGCUAUCAAUCUACAGACCGGUUUCGACAUAAGGAGUUUCUACAUGCCGGAUGCUAUCAAGUACUUCGAGAUCGACGGCGUCGGCUACCUCGCCACAGCCGAUGAGGGCAGCGACCUCGAUUAUAAAUUCGACGGCAGUUACUGGAGUGAUGCAAAACGAGGAUAUAAGUUGAUCAAAGAAAAGCGACUGGCCUCGACUAUGCCGCAAUCCAUGAUCAACAACCUCAACGAUUCCUUAAAACUGGGACGCCUAGAAUUCAGCAAGUACGACGGUUUAAGCGCGACAGAAGAGGGAAAGAUUGAAAACCUAUUCUUUUUCGGUGGUCGGGGCUUCUCCAUUCUUCGGGCAGACGAUCUAUCGCGCGUCUUCGACAGCGGAGACGAGAUCGAGAGGGAGAUCUCGGAGCGGUAUCCACAUGUUUUUAACUCGGAGACGUACCCCGACGAUCCAGUCAACGAAAUGCCGAGUGAUCUCGCCGACAAGCGAUCCGAUAACCGGGGACCUGAAUGCGAAACAAUCGAAGUCGGUGUCGUCAACGGAAAGACGGUGGUCUUCGUCGGAGUCGACCGGGCAUCCGUCAUCGCAAUCUACACCGUGACGGCAAAUGGAAAGGCCAAGUUCGAGACCAUGCACCGGCGCGGUGGAAUGGGGAAGACCUUCGCCCAGCUGCUGGACGACAGGGAUCUCGGUGACCUGGACCCGAAGGAUAUGGAGUUUGUACCAGCUGAUCAGAGCAUAACGGGGAAACCUUUACUGAUGGUGGCUGGUUCAGCGAGUGGAACAAUAUCCUUAUACCACGUGAUUGAUGAUGGAGCGGCAUCGGAAGAAUAUAACAGUGGCCGUCAUCUGACAUCUACGGGAGUGUUUAUCACCGUGGUCAUCAGCGUGACUUCCAUCUUGGCGGUUGUCCUCAGAAAAUAACCUGCCAUUUUCCCUGUUGUCUUCAAUUCUCCCUUACGCGAAGGUUGCAUAUCGAUCGCUUGAUUUAAAUGGCAAAUCCAGAAUAUUUUGUUUCCUUUCUAAGGAUAUUUAUUCGAGAGACUGUCUCGUCACCAAUCGUAAUUGUUUUCCGACACGCUAAAAAAGAUUGAGUAAAAAUUUACCUAAUAUUGAGUAGAAAGGGAACAAGCAUGUUUGUUGAUUAAUUCUGUCCCCAUAUUGGACAAAAUGCAUGUUUUAUUGGUAAAUUUCAACGCAGCAUUGCAUAAAAUUUACACCGUAUUUCGUAUCAUUAAUACCCAACAAACAUGCAUGUUCCCAUUUUACCCAAUAUUGGCUAAACCUUUUUAAGAAUUUAAGUGACUGAAUGAUGAUAAAUAGAGCUUUCGCUCGGCGACUGACGGAGAUGCAAGAACACAGUCAAUGUAUUGAAAAUGUCGAAUGGGAAAGAACAGCUGGGAGAUCUUUGUCGAAAAUUGAUGAACGGGACCAUCAACUUCGUCCUAAUUUUCGGAGUUAAUUGAUCCCGGGGUAAUUGAUUGACCCCCCAAUAUGUCGUUUGUCCAGAGGAAAUGAAUAAACCGCUAUUUAGAUUAAUAUAUUCUCGACAAAGACUUCUUAGUUGUUCCUUGUCAUGAAUGGCAUUCGAUAAUACAUUUCUCUGGUCUUGACUCAUCCGUACGUAGCUGUGCGAAAACUCCCUUAUAUUUGUUCCAGGGACGGAUGCAGGAUUUUCCAAGAGGGGGAGGGGGGGGGGGGCACAUUUUUCUGAGUAAAAAAUUGACAAGUAAAAAAAAGGUUUUCUAACCAAAAAUUAAUGGUAUUUCGUUCCCCCAAAAUGGUCUUCACUUUAAAAGGGGUUAGGGGAGGCACACUUCUGUUUUAAUGGCAUUUUCACAUUACAAUUUUUUUUAAUUUCGCUUCUCAAGGGGGGGGGGGGCUCAGCCGGCCCGUGGAUCCGCCACUGAUUUGCUCCAACGCAUCUACCAGACUUCCCCCAUUCCGAUGGAACUAUGUACUAUAGGCCUACUCGUCCUGAAUCCUAGGAUAAGAGCGAUUUUAUCUGAAAUAUAAAGUAUCGCAUAAAUCUAUAGACUAUUCAUUAGAUAUUUCGUUUUGAAAAAAAGGGACAAUAUCCUAACAUACUGAGUUGAACUGUGCAAACGUACGUUCAUUUUAAACAUGAAGCUGUCUGGAUGAUUUCUGUCUUUUUAUGCUUUUUAUAAACAAUCUUUAUAUAACGUGUUGUUGCUAAUUAUUUCGGAUAUUUGUAAUAAAAUGU